ACGAGAUAUAAAUAAAAGCUGACCUGAGGGAUCGUCGCUGAAUAUCAACGGAAGCGACAAUUUGACAUCCGAUAUUCUCUUGCACCAUGGACAAUAACGAGCUUGACCAUGGCCGGCCGCCGACGCCUCCCCAUCACCCUACCGCAGGUGUUCGCGUACUCCGCCAAGAGAUUGAAGAUAUUGUCAAGUUUGGGCUGCCAGACUAUAACUUAGUAUCCAUCUCGCAGAUUGCAUCCGGAAAGUCCUUCAAUAACCGCAUAUACUUUCUGCAGCUAAAGCACUCUGUGGACAAAGCCUCGUCAUCACCAGGCACCUUAUCUCAGCCAGAGCAGGUCGUCUUAAAGGUCAACGGGCGUUUCUUUGGGGCCAACAAGAUUAAAAACGAAGUAUCUUGUCUCCGGCUUCUCCAGAGAUACUGCCCCGACGUCCCGUCGCCGCGUGCCCUGGCCUGGUCCGAGGAUGGACAUGUAGCGACUUAUGCGACCUCAUCUCAGACAAGGACACGCCUCCUUGAUAUACCACCAGGCGUAGAAAAGCUUAAGCAUGGCGGGUGGAUAUUAAUGUCGCAUAUUCCUGGAAAUCCAAUGCCAAUCGCCGACCUGAACGACGCGACCCUCACAGACCUGGCCAAGCAGCUUGGCGAUAUCGUCGCGUGCUUGCGACGAGACAUUCCUCCUCAAAAGCGCUGCGGAAACAUUCGUCUCCCACAAGGAGGCAUUGAAGAGCAAAGUGUGCCUGUAGCAGACGGCACAGCUCUAACCAUCCGCGACAUCAUCCAAGACGGCAUCGAGGUCGACGAGCCUAUCACCACUGCCAACGAGUACUACCGGGUGAGGUUGGUGAAUAAACUGCGAGAACUCAAAACCACCGAUGUCUACGCCCCAAAUAGAUCCCUAAUCGAGACGAUCCGUGCUUUCAUAUCCGAUCAGCUCCCGCACCUCGAGCUUACUGACGGCGACGGCAUCCCUCCCGGCGAGUUCGUCCUGACGCACUACGACCUCUCCGCGCGUAACGUCCUCGUCUCGGGCCAGCCGCCCCGCAUCACUGGUCUGGUCGACUUUGAAUUCGCAGGCUUCUUCCCGCCCGUCGACGAGUUCCUGAACGACGACGUUGUCAACGAAGGUGGGGAGUGGCCGCGUGAAUUUUACAAGGCAUACUUGGCGCGCCUGCACGAGAAUGGGAUCGCGACGCCAGUGCGAGGGUUUGACCCAUCUGUCUGGAAGCGCAAUUGCUGGCUUGAGAGGCUUGUUGGGGGCAUCGCGCCGUGGUACUUGCCGGGCGGCUGGAAGGGAGAAGAGUUGCAGGCUAAGCUAAGAGAGGCAGAGGCGGAUGUAAGAGAGGUGUUAAAGAGGCUUAUUAUGGAUUACGAUGAAUAUAAGGAGCGGAGACUUUUGUGAAGAAUAUUAAGUCACC